AUGGCUUCCAUAGGGGUUUCUGAAGCACUCACAGCUAUCUUUGGCCUUUUCAUAUUCGGUUACUUACUCAUCAAGAAAACCUCUAAAAUUCACCUUUUGGAUUGGCCUGUCCUUGGGAUGUUUCCGGGUGCGAUCGUGCAGCUCCACCGCGUCUACGACUGGAGCGCAGUGCUUCUCGAGAACUCCAACUUGACGUUUCCAUUCAAGGGCCCGUGGUAUGUCGGAAUGGAUACGCUGGUCACUGUUGAUCCAGCUAAUAUUCAUCAUAUAACGAGCUCCAACUUCUCAAACUACAUCAAAGGACCAGAGUUUCAAGAAUAUUUCGAAUAUUUUGGAGACGGGAUCAUCAACACGGACUCGGAUCUAUGGAAGGAUCUGAGGAAGUCUUCUCAGAUCAUGUUCAACCAUCAAGGGUUCCAAAAGCUUUCAAUGAGUACCGCAACAAGCCAGCUCAAGGACAAGCUUUUUCCUUUCUUCGAUCAUUUUGCGGAGGCAGGGAAGAUCGUGGACUUGCAAGACGUGUUCCAGAGAUUCAUGUUGGAUACAAUCUUCAUUCUAGUGACCGGAUCAGAUCCUGGAAGUCUCUCCAUCGAAAUGCCAAAGAACGAGAUUGUAAAAUCACUGGAUGAUAUUGGCGAAGCAAUUUUCUAUAGGCAUAUUACACCGAGAGUCAUUUGGAAGCUGCAAAAAUGGAUGGGAAUGAGGAAAGAGAAGAAGAUGAUAGAAGCUGGUGCCACGUUUGAUGGUGUUUGUGCGAAAUACAUAUCUGCCAAGAGAGAAGAGAUAAGGUCACAAGGAAUUGCUCAUGAUGAUCAUUCGAGCGGAGAGGAUAUUUUGACAUCCUACAUUGAGCUUGAUACAACCAAGUACAAGCUCUUAAAGACGGAAGAUGAUAAAUUCCUCAGAGAUGUCAUCUUGACUUUGACUUCAGCGGGGAAAGAAGCAACUGCUGCUGCUCUUACUUGGUUUUUCUGGCUUCUCUCUGAAAACCCUAACGUGGUGACCAAGAUUCUCCAAGAGAUCAACAUGCAUCUACCAAAAUGCGAAAGAGGCCAAGAGAGGCUUCCUGUUGAUAACGUAGAGUAUUUGAACAAGCUGGUGUAUUUACAUGGUGCGUUGAAUGAAGCAAUGAGGCUUUACCCACCACUUCCAUUCCAACGCAAGACUCCCAUCAAACCAGAUGUUCUUCCAAGCGGGCACAAAGUUGAAGCAAACUCCAGAAUCUUUAUCUUUGUUCACGCGUUGGGGAGGAUGAGAUCCGUAUGGGGAGAAGAUGCAAUGGAAUAUAAGCCAGAGCCCAGAGAGAUGGAUUUCUGA